AUGAGCGCAUCCCAGCCGGCGGAACCGCAGAGUCAGGCAACUCAAGCAUUACCUCAGAGCGAGCCUCCAAUUCAACUUCGGACCGAACCUCCAUCCGAAACAACUCAGACCGGACCUCCCGAGACGUCGCAUGCUUUAACGGAGGCCGCACCUCAAGCUGUACCUCAACCCGAAGUGACCGCCGAAAAACCAGAUGGAAAGGCACCUCAAGACGCACCUCAAGCCGAAGUAUCUACCGCGAAGAAAGCCGAAACCAACCCGGAUGGCGAGACGCCGAGCCAAGCUUUAACUCAAGCCGAAGUAAAUGCCGAGAGUAAACCGGAAGCUGUCUCAGAUGGAAAGACACCUAAAGCUGUGCCGCAAAUCGAAGUGUCUUCAGAAAAUCAACCGGAAGCCAUCACGGACGACGCGACACCUCAAGCUGUACCUACCGAGAAGACCGCUGAAGCCGCCGCGGAUGACAAGGCAGAAGCCGUUCCUGACGAUCAGGCACCUCCGCUGGAAGCCUCACAACCACAGGGAAAAAUUGCGAUUCUAUGCAAACCUUGCCACCGGCAAUUUCACCAAGAGACGCAUUACGUAAACCAUCUGAUCCAUUCCCCCCGGCAUUUCUACUGCAAGCCCUGCAAUAGGGACUUCGCAUCCGACGAGGCUAAACAAGCCCAUCUCGUCAAUGCAAAAGUCCAUAAAGUCUGCAAGUGGUGCAAGGACGUCGAGAUCGAAAACCUCAAAUACCACAAUACAUGGUAUCAUGAGGAAUGUACCCGAUGUAAAAAAACCUUCGAGAAUCACGAAAAGUUUCACGCACACUGUCGAGCUGUUCACUCUAAGAUUUACUGCGAAAGUUGUUACAGGAUGUAUAAGAAUAGGAACGACCUAAAAAUGCAUAGCUUAUCACAUUGCCAUCAGUACCGGAGUUUCACCUGUCCGUCUGCGGAGUGUCGUGCUCUCUUUCUCAGUGAAUCCGGGGUUGUAGCACACCUAGAAUCAGGCUCUUGUACGUCAGGAGCCGAUCAAGCGAUGAUCGACAAAUCGAUGGUGAUACAGGACCCGAAGCAAGUCUUCGUUCGACAGGCGCGGGUGGCAUUGCCACAGGAGCGAGCGAUUCCCGCCGGACAAAAAAUCAACCCCUGUCCACUCUGUCCUAAAAAAUUCCGCCAUCGUGCCGGCCUCCUUCAACAUCUCGCCUCCUCCAAACAUACCAAUAAUGGUCGCGAUCCUUACAAGUGCCCCGCUGCGACUUGCAACAAACCUACGUUUCCGUCCCUCAGCUCUCUCUUAGGUCAUAAGGAACGGGGCAAGUGCGGCUUGGAUAAGGACACUGCUAAGAUAGCUUUGCUUGAUCGACAUCUCUUCGACUUAUUUGAUCGGAUACGAAACAUGUAA